GAUGAAUUGUUCUUACUUUGCGCACUUUACUAUGUCUAAUAAUUUCUAUAACAACCUCGUGAUGGUCCCUCAUGGUCGCGGAGAGCCUGCCCCUACUCCACCCGAACGAGGCUCAAGCCUUUUUGUGUCUCUCCUCGUAGAAAUUGGCCCUGUGUCUCUUCACGCGGAGUGGACCUACCUGUUCAAGUGGCCGGGACAGGCUCCUCCGCCGAGCAGUUUUCCUUUGUCCAGCCCUUGGGAUAUUAAUAUCUCAUGGCAUGGCCGCAACGUGUUUCUGCUCGGUACGGUUGGAGUUCGCACCGGAGAUAUUCCGGUGGACUCCAUCCCUGCAUCAGACUGGUUGUUUACCUUAGAAAUGAAAAGACUAAACCAAAACCAAAAUGAAAAACCAAAGAUCAGAAGACUGUCGGACUAUUACCUGUGGCUCUCAAAACUAAGUAGUUGCCAAAAGAGUUAGUUCCAGUUACCUGAUCACAGUGUAUUCUACACUAAGCAAAAUUACCAUCAUAUAUCACCAAAGGUGAUAUAUAACUCCGUGCGGCAAAGUGAUUAGCAAAAGAACGUUUCGAAUUAGAAUUGAUGCAGACGACCUUGAGGCCUUUCUUAAAAAUUGAAGCUUGUUUUUCC